CAGCUCGUGUGUUUUCUGUUGUUUAAACUCUCUGCUGCCCCCUGGUGUCCCGGCAGGAAAGGCCCUCACCUACAUCAACAGGCAGUACUUCAGUGACGCCAACGGCAACCGAGGAGGCGCUCCUAACGUGGCCGUGGUUCUGGUGGACGGCUGGCCCACGGACAAGGUGGACGAGGCGUCUCGGCUCGCCCGGGAGUCCGGCAUCAACAUCUUCUUUGUCACCAUCGAGGGACCCGACGACAACGAGAAACAAAACCUGGUGGAGGCCAACUUUGUCGACAAGGCCGUGUGUCGGACUAACGGUUUCUUCUCGCUGCCUGUGACCAGCUGGUUCGCUCUGAGGAAGGCGGUCCAGCCUCUGGUGAAGCGGGUGUGCGACACGGACCGCCUGGUGUGCAGCAAGACCUGCCUGAACGCAAACGACAUCGCCUUCGUCAUCGACGGCUCCAGCAGCGUGGACGGGAACUUCCGCACGGUGCUACAGUUUGUGGCCAACGUGACGCGGGAGUUCGAGAUCUCGGACACAGACACGCGGGUCGGCGCCGUGCAGUACACGUACGAGCAGAGGCUCGAGUUCGCCUUCGGUCAGUACAACAACAAGAACGAGCUGCUCAACGCCAUCAAACGCGUCAACUACUGGAGCGGCGGGACAAGCACCGGGGCCGCCAUCACGUACACCGCGGAGCAGCUGUUCAGCAAAUCCAAACCCAACAAACGCAAGAUCAUGAUCGUCAUCACAGACGGACGCUCCUACGAUGACGUCAGAGCGCCGGCACUCGCUGUGCAUCGCCAAGGUGUGAUCGCCUACUCCAUCGGUAUUGCGUGGGCCGCGCAGGACGAGCUGGAGUACAUCGCCACCGACCCCGAUAAGGAGCACUCGUUCUUCGUGGACGAGUUCGACAACCUCUACAAGUUUGUUCCCAAAAUCAUCCACAACAUCUGCCAGGAGUUCAACUCGCAGCCGAGGAACUGAGGAGGGAGGAGACGAAGAGAGGAGGGAGGAGGAGGAGGGAGGAGACAAGGAGGGAGGAGGGAGGAGACAAGAUUGUUAAUUUUCUCCCUCUGACGCACAGAUAGCGGCGCUGGAUUGGCUGCAGCGCCUCGUAUUUGAAAGGGGAGGGGCUUGAGUUUGGGUGAGGAUUGUGGUGCUGCUGGUAGAGGGUCCUAAAGAGAGCAGAGGAUCCCUAAAUUUUGAAUAAUAAUAAUGAACACUUUAUAAAGGGUUAACACGCUGAGGCUCUAAUUCAUGUUUAUUCAGAUAAUAAUAAAUCUCUCUGAAGCCAACGACAAACCAAAAUCUGGGUUGCCAGGUUGUGAAAAAUCCCCCUAAUUAUACCCCUCCCCCGUCAUUAGGGCAUCGUUUCCUCCACAUCUCUGCUUAUUUUUCUCAGUAUCUUGUGAUUUAAAAAGGUCGAUUCUCCCGUGAUAACGACUUCAUGUCAGCUGACUUCUUAGGAGAAAUGAACGAGAGAAACAGCGUCCGCUUUGGGCUUACGUACAUUAUUAAUAAUUUUUUAUUAGAUUUAAAGGUUUUUACAAGAAAAUCGUGCAAACAUUUCACACAUUUAAAAUUUUUUUUUUUUUAUCCUUUUUCCAUCCUGAAAACAAGAUGCUGAACAUCUGAAUCUAGAGCUGCUUUCACAUCUAACACUCCUGAAAAUGUUCCUGAUCUGAUCGUUCACACAUGCACCACAGGGGCAGGGUCUGACAGGAGGGGGGG